UUGGCGUAGAAUGUAAAGAAGUUUUAGUCAGAGAGGGUACAAGACUGGGACCAGUCACUCGAAGGCAAGCUGCAACGAAUGUUCAGCGCAGUGAUCACCGAUUUGCAAAGGUAUCAAGACGAGGAGAGCGACUGAGCAUCGCUUCGUUUGCUUCAGUCUCCUGGUGCUAGUCAGAGUACGUACCAUACCGAGAACUCUUUACUUCCAGAACCGAUCAAAGACUAUCCGCACGCAGUCUUCUUCAGAACAAUUGCCUUCCACCUUCUGGUGAACGUGCGGUUUCCGGUCAUUUUUUAUCCACCUAGUCACUGUUUGUUUCCGGUGGUUUAAUUAUCUUACAAGUUUUUUCGUUAAAUCGCGGUGACGAGAUUGCAACGGUGUCGACGAUUCCGGAAGGAGUCCACCUCACUUUGGGACCAGCUGAAGAAAAUUGGCUAAAUUCGGGCAUUUGCGUGCGAUGACAUCCGAUUGAGCGCCAUGGCUUCGAGAUACACUGUCUUGAUCGCAUUCCUCGUUUGCGUUGCUCAAGUCUUCGCUCAAAUUUAUACCGGAAAUUCACCAGCGGCUGCAACUCAAGUACCAGCAGCUUCGCCAAAAAAUGAAUUGCUCACGCAGACUGUUUACGGAUUUCUCGACUUCACGACGACCAUUGGAAACACAGUGAUGGUUUUUAGUCCUAACAGUGCUCCUCCUGAGGGAAACAAGCCGGAAAAACCUGUCGCCAAUUCGCAAGCACAGCCGAUUCAAACGAAGCCUACGGAAAAUUCGAAAAAAGUACCCGACAUCCAGCCCAGCAAAACUCACAAGAGCGAAUCGCGUGGGGAGACGAAAAAACAGGAGGUUAAGGAAACCAAGAUCGUCGUAAACUCGGUUGUUGAACAAAAGGUCGUGAAGAAUUCGGAAGACAACCUGGUGCCGGCGAAACGUGAGAGUGUGAAGACUCGGGUGGAAGUCGUUACGAACAGCCCCGUGGUUUCGAGCGUUGUGGAAGUCCGUCCGGUGAACGAGGUGCCAAACGUUGUCAAGAACGAUUUAGCCGAGCCUGAGUACGACUUCCUGUCAAAACAGCCGACUCAGAGCGUCGACGAAACUUAUAAGCUUAUAAACUUGAGACCAUCUUCGAAGCAUCAGGCCAAACCAAGGCCCACGGCUAGGCGAGCCAAGGACAACCCAACCGGUUUGGUAACCAAACUGGGAGGCACCAUUGUCAAGGAUGGUUUGACCACCGUCCACGAGACCAACGUCAUAGGUACUUACAUCAAUGGAAAGUACGCUCAGGUACUCCAGAGCUCAUCGCGCGUAUUGGGGGGCGUCCAGCCCCCGGAGGGUAAAAUCAGGCCCACCAAUUCCCACAGGAUUUUGAAAACCAUCGGACCCCAACACGGCAAGCCCAGACCUCACCUCGAGCCGACGCCAACUCUUCAGGAUGACUCGCCGGGACUUUCGCCGGAAAGCAUCGCCAAUGCUCAGUCAGGUACCAACAUAAGGACUUCUCGGCGUCAUUCGAGCAACAAUCAACACCGUCCGAAGUUCCGUAACAAUAAGCUUCCCGACGAUUCUGAGAGCGGUGAACAAAUCUCCACGCAGAGAUCAUCCGGGAAAAAUCGACCAGCGGCUGGAAGACCCGGUUACAGGAGCAGAAAUCAAAUCACGACGACGACGACGACAACGACGACGACUAGCGAAGCACCAGUAACUCGACGUAGAAACGGUUUCAGGCCAAGUAAUCAGCCCAGUCCUCCAGCCAAGCAGAAUCGAGCCAGAACCGAGUCGUCAUCCUCAUCCUCGUCGUCUUCGUCAUCGAACAAUUCACCAAAGGUAAAGUUCCCGAGGGCUCCAGGAAGCAGGUGGUCAUACAAGACGACCCCUAAACCACGAAUUGCGAUCCGCAAGCAGGUAGAGGAUGACCUCGAGAAGCCCCUGACGCCGGAAGCCAGUGUCCAGGUCCAAGAAGUCCUCGUUGAUGAUAAAGAUAACAGACAGACCCCGAUCAGCCAGAAGAAAAUACAGGAACAAGAAACAACUGUCGGGGAGGAGCAGCCUGAGGCCAGAGAAUCGGAUGAUGACGGAGACGCCGUUCGGGAAUCGCAAAUCCUUCCGCUUGAAACUAUCAAUGUCGAGAUAUCGACGCAGGCCGAUUUCAACGACGUUUACUUCGAAAUAGCCACCAUCAAGUCGCCUUAUACCUUCCAGGUUGGAACACAGACGAACACUCGCUACGUGACGGUGACUUCAACGGUGAAGAAGAGUUUCGCAACGGCGGAAGCAUCGCCGUCGGUAAACCCGUCGGAACCACUAACCGAGAACAUUCUCGCCAACACCGGUGCGGCGUACGAAACGACUCUCCCCCUGGACUCGUCCGUGGCAACACUUCCGGCGAUAUCCUUGGACCCAGGUCAGGCAACGCCACCGUUGGAGACGAUAACCGAAACCUUCUCCACGACUCAAACUCUGCUCAAAACCCACCUUCUGCCAGUGGUGGCGGAGGGUAACACGACGAAGUUGACUCUGGUCCAGACCUACCACAUCGCGAGGGUGGUAACAGCCACGAAGACGCUGCCGCCGAUGGAGCUGUAUCAGUUUAUACCUAGCAAAACUCUCAACGAAUUCAACUCCCGUCUGGACGAGGCUGGAAGCGAGCUUCACCUGGAGCUCGACUUCGGCGACGAUGACCGAGACGACGAUGAUAUAUUAAAACGCGUCGUACCUCCGACCGAUUCCGACUCGGAUUUGAACCCCUUCCGCCACGGGGAUUCCGCCGGAAAAACGAAGGCUGGUCAGGAAGCUCACCCGUCGCCAAUGGAGCCUCAACUCAGCCCGGAACAAGCCCAGCAGCUCGCUUUAUUCAAGUACUUCGGCCAGCCUCAGCCCCAGGUGAUAACAACCUCGCGGCCAGUAAUCGUCGUCGAGACCCUCUACGAGUCCCACGUCAUUCCGCUGGUCAACAAGGGAAACACAAUCUUCUCGACCCUCUCAAGGCCCGUCGGUACCGUACCGAAGACCACCUACGAGUACGGCACGUCGACCAUCGCCCCGCUCCUCCCCCAGGUGCCUCAGGUUCCCCAAGUGCCUCAGGUGCCCCAGCAGCUUUUCCAGCAGCCCCAACAGCAGCAACCCCAGUUCACCGUGACCACGGCUCCGAUAGUUACUCAGACCUUGGCGACCGUCUCCGACUCCAGGGUGCUGAGAUUGACUUUCGGCGCGAAAACCGCCUUCACGACCUUGUUCUCGACGAGGGUCGUGCCCACCGCAGUCACGACCUACGUGACAUCGACAGUCCCGGUCCAGCCGACGGUGCCAGCUUUUCCAGGGUAUUUCCCACCCGCGGUUGGAUAUCCGGGUUAUCCCUUCGUCGGUUAGACGAGUCAACGUUGUUCCACGUAUCGUGCGUAUAGUUUUUUGUUUUUUCUUGUUUUUUUUUUGUU